ACGUCACACGUUCUUUAAGAGAACGGGGAAUAAACGUGACAGACCGGUUGUGUGUGUGACAGUAGUGUGUUUACCCGGAAGUGUGUUUGACAGACAGACAGACGGACGGACGGACGGACAGAUGGGAGCCUUUAAUCGCCUCUUGUUGGCCGUGUGGUUAGUCCAGGUGUGUAGUUCCGGUAAAUUGUCAUGCUUUAGCACGACUUACAUUAACGUGUCUUACGUGAACCCAGUAACUAACCGGACGGUGUGGCGGCGCGAGGAGAUCGGGCUGUACGGCAUCCAGUCACCCACAAACACCGUCACGGGGACCGUGUACCUGGCCGAGCCCAUUCACGCAUGCGCAAACAACACAAGGUUCGUCCGGCCUUCGGGCUUAGAGCCCUGGAUAGCGCUCGUGCAGCGGGGUAACGGAUGCACGUUCACGUAUAAGAUCAACGCGGCUGCGCGCAACGGAGCAUCAGCAGCCGUCAUCUACAAUAACUAUGGAACCGACAACACUGUCAUCCAGAUGUCACAUCCGGGUACCUCGAUUGUGGCAGUGAUGAUUGGUAAUACUCAUGGAAUGGAGCUGGUGGAUCUGUUGCAGAACGAUGUGUCUGUCACAAUGACAGUAGAGGUGGGGCUUCAGCGUGACUUGUGGAUGAGUCACUACUCCAUCAUAUUCAUCUCUAUUUCCUUCUUCAUCAUCACCACGGUGACUGUCUGCUACUUCAUCAUCUUCUUUGCACAGAGACUCAACAACAUACGCCAGCGGAACCAUAAACAGAAACAGAUGAAGGCACAAGCAAGGAAAGCAAUUGGUCAACUCAAGGUUCGCACACUCAAACAAGAAGAUCAGGAGACAGGACCAGAUGCUGACGCAUGUGCUGUGUGUAUCGAGUCUUAUAAACCAGGAGACCUGCUCUCUGUCCUAACCUGCAAUCAUUUCUUUCAUAAGGCAUGUAUUGAGCCGUGGCUGAUGGAGCACAGAACCUGCCCAAUGUGCAAGUGUGACAUCCUCAAAGCCCUCGGAGUAGAGACAGAGGAUGAGCAGCAGCACAUGCCGACCAUCACUUCUGAUUCAUUUCCCAGCAGCACUCAUGAAUCAACCCCUGAGUCACCUGUACACAGUGAUGCUGCCUCUUCUGGAUACGAGUCUUUGCAAGCAGCGGAGCAGCUGAGCCAUAAUGAACACACACAUGAAGGUUUGGAUGCAGUGUGUGUGGACGUGCAGCCACACUAUGAUAACCCUGCCUUUGAGAAUGAAACUCGCGGCUAGAAGAUGAGAAAAUCACACUGCGACUGUCUCUCUCUCUCUCUCUCUCUCUCACACACACACACACACACACACACACACACACACACACACACACACACACACACAAACAUACAUUUACAGUCACAUUUUUGGGUUUAAAGAAAUGCAUUUAGAUUUAUUUCUCUGUGUGAGUAAAUGAAUUAAUGUGACCUCGUUCUGGGGUUAAUGGGAGGAUAGUGUGCUCUCUCUUUAUAUCUAGUUUAGGUGUGUGUGUGUAUGCAUAUAUAAAUAUAAAUAUAUAUCUAUCCUAAAUUUCAACAAUUAUUCUAAUUUUAAUAGAUAUUUUACAACACAUACAGCACAACACUGGUGUGUGCUCAUUUCACAGUGUGGCCUUAUUGCUAUCUUAUUGAACUGCUGAUAAAUAGUUACAUAAAAAUUGUAAUUUUAAACUAAUUAUAUUGAUAUGAAAUUUAAGCUGUAAAUAAAGUAUCUUUUUAUCACAAAA